AAAAGAGGGAGGGAGGAAAGGGGAGGGAGCAGAGGGGGGUUACCUCAUCCAGAGCCGCUAGUGCACACGGUGCAGGGAAGAAGUUGUGGGAAAGUAAACAGCACAGGGGAGAAUUUCAGGCUGUGUUCUCCCACUUGCAGCCUUCGCAGGACACUAAGGAUGAGUGUGCUGGACCUGGCAGUGUGGUAAAAAAAAAAAAAAAAAAGAAAAGAGCAGCACCAACAGCUGGGAGUUUAUGGGAGGUAACCAGGAUUAAAGAGUCACCAGGGAGUGCCUGAAUCUUCUCGGAGGAAAUACUACUGAGGACGAGGAGUGAUUAUGUCCACUGCGACGCCUCAGCAGCCGCAGAAGGCGGACGAGGAGGAGGACGAGGAGGAGCAAGGGGAGAAGUUUGAGUUCGACGACAGCACCGAUGAUGAGAAAGUCCAGGGAGACAUGAGAAGGGUCUGCUCUGACUCUGUUCAAAGUGCCCAGACUAAACCUGUCCAGUCCAACACAAACGCAGACGGUGAAACACAACACAGCGCAUUGAAAACAACCUCUAGCGACUCCCAACAACCGCCCAGUGUGUCACCUCCUGCUGGUCAGGAGGCAAAGCCCAUCCAGGAUGCAGCUUCUACGUCCAGCGCAGAUGUUCCAGUUAGCGAGCCACCCAGCCGGGCCUCAGCUGUGAUCGGGCCCAGUGUCCCAACUCCUUCUGCAAGAGAGCAGCUUCGGGAGCUUCCUGGGGAAGCGUCACCUGUGGAGAAGUGGACUGAUUCAGGAGACCAGAGCAAAGAAGCCGUCAAGGAGAGCUCAAGCCUGGGGGACCUCUCCACAGCUGAGGCCCAGACGGAGAGUUCAGAGGUGAUCUAUGAUGAUGUUCCCAGUGAGGACCCUCUCUCUCCUGACGACGGGGAUAUGAUCUAUGAAGAAGUUCAGAGAGACGGAACUCCUCAGGAUGCCAACAACGGGUGGAGCUCCAGUGAGUUCGAAAGCUAUGACGAGCAGUCUGAUAACGAGAGCAAACCACCAGCACGGAGCAAGCUCUCCCCUGAGGUGCGUCGGCUGAGGGAGCGGUGCGCCAGGACCAAACGUGAACUGGCCGUGAGGCUGUCUGGCAAGCACAACUAUGACAUCAAGGUUCAGCAGCUCAUGAAGGCCGCGAGGAGCGGAACCAAGGAUGGACUGGAGAAGACCAAAAUAGCCGUCAUGCGGAGAGUUUCCUUCCUCCAAAGAAAAGACCAACUCGAGGACCAAGAGGAUGAUGCGGGAUACCUGGAUGUGGCGGUGUCAGAGGUGAAGCACCCCCCCCCACAGCUGAGCCCCAUGCCAGAGGGGCUGACCAGCCAGCAGGUUGUCAGACGCCAUAUCCUGGGCUCCAUCAUUCAGAGCGAGCGCAGCUACCUGGAGUCCCUCCGGAGGAUCCUGCAGGAAUACCACAGACCAUUAAUGGAAGCUGAUCCACGUAUCCUGAGUCCACGGAAGAUCCGGCCUAUAUUCUACCGACUGAGGGAAAUCACGCAGUGCCACUCCAUGUUUCAGAUAGCGCUGGCAUCACGUGUGGCUGAGUGGGACAGCAGCGAGAAAAUUGGAGACUUAUUCGUCGCCUCGUUUUCCAAGUCCAUGGUGCUCGACGUGUACAGUGAUUAUGUGAACAACUUUACCAAUGCCAUGGCUCUCAUUAAAAAGGCGUGCAUGUCCAAACCAGCAUUCCUGGAAUUCUUAAAGAAGAAACAGGCCGCCAGCGUUGACCGGAUCACCCUGUACGGCCUGAUGGUGAAGCCCAUUCAACGGUUUCCUCAGUUCAUAUUGCUUCUGCAGGACAUGCUGAAGAACACACCUAAGGGUCAUGUGGACCGGCUGCCCCUGCAGCUGGCUCUGACCGAGCUGGAGAUGCUGGCCGAGAAGCUGAACGAACAGAAACGAGUCGCUGACCAGAUAGCCGAGACUCAACAACUGGCCCGCAGCGUCAGUGAUCGUCUGCUCAGUAAGCAACUGAACUCGGAGCAGGGGUCACUGGUCCUUUGUGAGACGCUGAUCGAGACCGUGUACGGCGAGCGAGGGCAGGUCCUGAAGUCCAAGGAGAGAAAGGUCUUCCUCUUCGAUGAUGUGCUCAUCUGUGCCAACAUAAAUGUCAAGGGCCCGCCAGAUAUCAGCAGCCUGGUCCCCGUUGGCCCCAAGUACACCAUGAAGUGGAGCGCCCCCUUGCAGCAGGUGCAAGUAGUGGAGGUGGGGCAGGAAGGCUCUCAAAACAAAGACACCUUGUUUCAACAAAGCGGAGCCAAGCGGCCAGGUCCUGCCUGCGCCUCAGGUAAAGCAAUCCUGGGGCCUCCGAGGCUCUACCAGGAGCUGCAGGAGCUGCAGCAUGACCUUUCUGUGGUGGAGGAGGUCACUCUUCUCGUGGGCACGCUGCAGGGGACCUACCAGAACCUCAACACCACAGUGGCACAGGACUGGUGUCUGGCUCUGCAGAGACUUAUUCGCAUCAAAGAAGACCAAAUCCAGAGCGCCAACAAGUGCCGCUUACGUCUGCAGGUGCCCGGCAGGCCAGACAAGUCAGGACGCCCUGUCAGUUUCAUGGUGGUCUUCAACACUCCCAACCCCCUUAGCAAGAUCUCCUGGGUCAACCGCCUGCACUUGGCCAAGAUUGCACUACGAGAGGAGAAUACACCAGGCUGGUUAUGUGGAGAGGACGACGGGAAGACAAUGGCCCCAUUUUGGUAUCCGCUACUUGCCUGUCGUAUGCCUGUCUUCGCCACUAAAUCACUAGAUAGAAAGCUGGAAGCUGCCUUGCACAAUCCUGUCCACUGUGCCCUGUUGGGCUUCUCAGCAGCGAGCACCUCUUUACCUCAAGGCUACCUCUGGGUGGCAGGUGGAGGAGAUGGUUCUCAGGGGCAGCUAGAAAUAUUUUCCCUCAACAGGCCCACACCACGGGCUGUAAAGAGCCUGCAGCUGGGCUCUCCUGUCCAUUGUCUGGAUUAUGUGCCAGAACCUUCUCCAUCUGAGGACAUGGAGGCUGGAGCUGAAAGGACUCCCUUGGAGAUUGGCAGCACUGUUUGUGUUGGAUUAAAUGACGGGAGCAUUCUGGUCUACGGCAGCCUGGACACUGCAGCACAAUGCCUGUUGACCCUCCAUAACCCCGAGGGCUGCCCUGUCCUGUGCCUCAAGCACUCUCCUCGCUUCCUGUUUGCAGGACUGCGGAAUGGGUCCAUGAUGGUGUAUAGACGAAAUGAAGGAGGUGAUCUGUGGAAGGCGGACUCCUGCAGAUCGGUGGCUGUGGGCUCGGAGCCUGUGCGGACUCUGCUGGUGCUGGAGGACUCGGUGUGGGCAAGCUGUGGAAACUCUGUCACAGUCAUCGACGUCUCCAGUCUCACCACUCAAAAGUUUGAAGUGCACCCAGACCCCAUGGUGAGCGUCGCCCACAUGGUACGUGCUGGUGGAGGGGUAUGGAUGGCAUUUUCCGAAGGCUCCUCCAUUCGCCUCUUUCACACCGAAACACUGGAGCUUCUGCAGGAAAUCAACAUCUCAACACGCUCAGCACUACUGAAUCCUGGUCAGAAGAACAUGCGAGUCACGAGUCUCCUUAUUUGCCAGGGGCUGUUAUGGGUGGGCACUGCCCAAGGCUUCAUCAUCACACUUCCUGUUCCCAAACUGGAAGGAAUUCCCAAAAUAACAGGAAAGGGGAUGAUCUCUCUAAACGCCCACUGUGGGCCCGUGGACUUCCUGGUGGCCACCGCCAGCGCCUUGUCCCCAAAUCUGCUGAAGAGAGACUCUGUCGCCGACGGUCCCGAUUCGGCCUGUGGAGGCGAGGACCGCAGUGACACUUCCUCUCAGGAAUCCCUGCAGCAGUCCAGCUCCGCCCAGGGAGACGGGAGAGGCAAGGGACGAGGAGUCCUGCUGCAGUACAAGCUGCGCUCCACAUCCGGCUUGCCUGGACGGCCUUUAACGGCAACGGGUGACGAGGCUUCAGACUCGUCCCUGGAGUCCUUGGAGCACAGCGUGGAGGAUGGGUCUAUCUAUGAGCUCAGCGAUGACCCAGAAAUGUGGGUCCGGGGGCGUUCCUGUGAGCGGGACGGGGGACGCAGGGACAGGGUGACCUCUGCAGCGGUCAUCUCUGGAGGCAAGGGCUUCCGCCGACUAAAAGAAGGAGCUUCGGCAGGUACUAGGACAAGUGGGGAGGGUUUAGAGAAUACUCUUAUGGUAUGGCAACUCCCAUUGACUGUGUGACAUGGAAUCUAUUUGGCAGUGCAGCGUACUGUUUAGAGAUGUCUGCCUCGCCUUGUCCUGAAUCAUCUGUUCCAUAAACGUAAGGGAUUUAAGUAGAUGAUGAGAGGGUGCUGUCAUUGUUAAACAGCUCCACAUUAGAUGGAUGACUUGGCCUGCGUGAUAAAGAAUCUAAGACCUGCUGUUUGCAAGAGGUAAUGUCCUCCCAUAGGUCACUUCUGCAGGACUGUGUUUCAUCUUCAUCCACAGCAGCAGAGGCAGCCACAGAUUAUUUCCGUGCGACAGUUUUGAACUGGUUCCUCCGUCUUGUCGUAGUUAAGAUGGAUAUGCCUAAAGUCACCCUCUUCAUCGCUGCCUGAGCUGAGCUCUCCCGCAGAUUCUCCCUCUUGCAUAGGUAUCGCAUGUGAGAACCGGCGGACAGCACUCCUUUGAGCGCCAGCCUUUGUUGAAUCGACAAUGCUCUGCAGAGUUGGAGAUGGACAUCUUUUAUCUGACCCUGUGGGAAGGAUCCCAUCUGUUUGGGGCUGAAAAGCUGGGAAGUACCCUACCAUCACAAAGCACAUUAGCAUUACAUUAUUAGCUUGGCUAGCCUUCCUCUCAUUCCCAUACAAUGUGAAUGUACUGUGUCUUCUAUUGUGUCUCAAAAAUGAACCCGUGCUCUCAAAAAAAAAAAAAAAAAGACUAUGAUCUAAUUUUCCCCUGUUCUGUUGCAGCUGCAGAGAAACUGAUGUUAGGUUCGGUGUCAGGAAAAUAAUGUUUCUAAGAGCUUCAAAUUACUGUGCCUUUUGUUGAGGAGGGUCACACCACUAAUAGGUCAGUUGCACAAAUCCUUCCACAACUGUUGCAGUAAAAUGAAACUUUACACCACCGUGAAAACAAAGGCUAUGCGUGGCCAGUGCUUUACCUUACACAACCUAUAUUCAGACGGAGGAAAUCCUGCCAUUAAUCCUAAUUAAUUUGAGGGCACGGCAAACCCUCAAAGGCUUAUUUUGGUGUAUGACAUUCUAAGAGUACUGCCUCCCUGAAGUACUGUACAUGUCAGAUGUCUCUAUUUCAUUAUUCACUGUCUGCUAUCGGCGAGAUGAAACAAACGCACACCCCGGCUUGUUCAUACACAGCAAACAUUAGCCGGAAACCCCGGUUACACAUCAAAAGCCAUUCUGAAUAAACAGAUGAUGUAAUAAAAAGCAUUGCAGCCAUCUAAGUUGCUGUCGGCUAUGUCGGGAACAGAGAGAACCUGCCUAAGAGAGACAUCACUGACGGGGUUUAUGUGCACAUAUUGUCAAUAUUCAGGAUGAUUCUGGGCUAGAUCUGGUAUUUUACAAUACCUAGGAUAAGGCCAUAUUGCGAUGCUAUACAAACUAUAAUAAUAGUUUUAACAGCCGCAAACUUAGGCGGGAUUCAAAGUUAUGACGUCAUCCUAUCACGCUUGCGUAUUUCUGAUUUCAUGGUUUUAUGUGAAAUCUGUGAAUUUAAUGGGAACAGGAAUAUUUCCUGAGUGAGAUGAAGUGAUAUCAGUUGGUACGAGGAAUAAUCUUGAUGUAAACACACACACACACACACACACACACACACACACAAUGGUCAUGGAGAAGUUUUUUUUUUUUUUUUUUUUUUUUUUUUUUUAAUGUAACCUUCAGAUACAUUCUCUAACUCCGAGGUACCAUAUAUAUGUAAUACUGCAAUUUUUUUGGUCGUUUAACUACAUAAUUUAAUGUUAGUUAUACAUUGGCAGGUUUGAAGAUGUAGCCUCCUGACACUGGCAUCUAUCCGGUUGACAAGACAAAGUACUUUACAGUGUCCUGUUUGUGCAAUGUAGUGACACAUCAAGGCAAGGCUAGAUUAGCGUUCAACUAUGAAUAUGUUCUGACAUUUAAGGGUUUAGCAAUGAGGAUUUUCAAUAUGAAACAUGGAUAAAGGUUACGGUAUGAUUUUUUUCCCCCUCCCCUAUCUCUUCUUAUCCUUUCAGCCACACAUGGGUCCUCCUUAUCUCUUCAUCACAGAUGAAGCAUAAAGUCCAUGUUUUGUAUUUCCCUGAGGCACAAUGAGGUUUAUAUUCGAUUUUCUGCUUCUCCUUAGCAUCGGGACACACAAACAUUUAUACAUGCUGCUGUCGGCCAGAAUCAUCAAAAAAUAAGGUGAUGCAAACUGUCCGCGGAUGCUUUCAUCCAAAUGUAAAUUUCAGAAUCAUGUUUGAAAUGUAUAGUCUAAUGUGUAAUUCAGCGCUGCUGGAGCCUCAGCUCCCUCAUGGUCACGACUGUGGUUAUCCAUCCAGCUUUAGCCAGAGGAUGAGCAUGUUUUUGUGCUUGAGUAGCCCUUUAGAAAUAUACAUGAUCCAUUUAUAAACACUGUCAUACAGGCAACACUGUCCAACUGCUUCAGUAGCCCACUAACAGCAGCAAGUAAAUCCUUAAAGUAUUGUGACCUGUGAUGGACACUCAUUUUCCUUUGCUUACAGCGGAUGUGUAUAGCAGCUAUCCAUGCACUGAGCAUUAAUACUUAUGAAUGAACUCACCACUAAUUAUCUCACCGUCCCUUUUGUAAAGAGGACAUGAUGCUACAAAUGAUACUGAAAAUAAUGUCACUUUGUAACAGUAUUGAUGUGUUAGAAGAGACUCAUGCGAGGCACAGUUUUAUGCAAUGCAAGCCUAUAUUUAAUGAUACAGUCGGUGUUAAGCAUUGGUAAAAGUAUUGCACUUAUGUCAACACAGGUAUGUGGAAAUAAAGUACUCAUUUUCCUUUGGUACAUUAA